GAUGGGAAAAGAGAGCACCGCGGUCCCGGUGGAGUGAGGUGGCUGCAGGGGCAGCCGAGCGAACCGCGGCGUGAGCGAGCCCCGAGCGCCGCUCCGGUGCUGGAUUUGAAGGGAAAGCAGAGAAAUGCCUUGAAAUGGGUGCGUGGAUUCGGCAGAGGGCGGCACAGCCCCUCGCAGCCAUCCCGGAUCUCCCGGUUCAUCCCCGUGCUGGGAAAAGCCAGGAAGAUGUUUCAGGAGCCGUGGAGCAGAUUCUGAGCGGCACCGAGGGCUCCCCACCAUGACAGCGGCUCCAGCCGGUGCUUUGCUCAUGAGACCCCUGCACUGGGUUUUUGUGUUCCUGCUGGGCUUUUCCCUGCUGAGCCUGUGGUACAUCACGGUGUCCUCUCGCCUCGCCCUGGACCACACCAAYGUCAUGUAUUUCUACGAGUACGAGCCGGUGUACGAGCGGCGCCGGCCCUUCACGCUGCGCGAGCGCCACGGCUGCGCCGACGUCCAGCCCUUCCUGGUGAUCCUGGUGGCCUCCAGCCCCGGGGACGUGCAGGCCAGGCAGGCCAUCAGGGCCACCUGGGGCUCGCRGCGUUCCUGGCAGGGCCAGCGGGUGCUGACGCUGUUCCUGCUGGGGCGCGACGCGCGGCCCGAGGAGGCGGCGGCGCUGUCGGUGGAGGACGAGAGCGUUCUCUACGGGGACAUCGUCCGCCAGGAUUUCCUGGACACCUACGACAACCUCACCCUGAAGACCAUCAUGGCCUUCCAGUGGCUCUCUGAGUUCUGCUCCAGYGCCAGGUUCUUCAUGAAGACCGAUGUGGACAGCUUCAUCAACACUCCCAACCUGGUGAAAUUCCUGCUGCGGCUCAAUUCCUCRGAAAAUGUUUUCACGGGGUAUCCCCACAUCGAUAACUUUGCCUACAGAGGCUUUGUCAGAAAAAGAUACAUUUCUUAUGAGGAGUAUCCCUUCAGGCUGUUUCCACCCUACUGCGGUGGSAUGGGAUACAUUUUGGAUGGAAAACUGGCCCGGAGGGUUUAUGAGCUGAUGGGCCACGUCAGACCCGUGAAAUUCGAGGAUGUUUACGUGGGAAUUUGCUUAAAUAUACUCAAAGUCAACAUUACUGUUCCAGAGGAUGCAGAACAAUUCUUUCUSUAUMRAAUCAACUUUGAUAUCUGUARGUUCAGACAUUUGAUUGUAGUUCAYGGCCUUACAUCCAGUGAAAUGAUCCAGUUCUGGCACCAUUUGUCAUCCAACACCUCCCAGACUUGCCCUUGAUUCUGGGUUCGUUUAGAAUCUCAAAUUUGGGGUAAAAGUGGGUUCAAGAGAUGGCUUUGAGUGCUUUUCUCUAGGACACUCCAACGCUGUGAAAUCAAAGCGGCAGGGAUUCACCGAGCACUUUUCCAGGUGUGUAUCCCACACCCAGGGGAUAUUCUGGGAUGUGCUGUCCCCCUGUGCUCRSAGCAMCCCUG